AUGCAGACCCGUGGCAACCGACCAAAUUACCUCGGUUUAAAUGAUGGCUAUCAAGACGAAGUCCGGCCUGGAGACUGGACGUCUAGCCUGGCUUGGAGUCCAGCAGCACAAGGUCCAGAAGGGCCAGGCCUAUCAUCCCCGCUACCUUCACGCAGUCAAUCCGCAUUCAGUGGCAAUACCGAUUCUUUUCUUGAAGCUUUCGAUGACCUUUUACCUUCGGAAUCUGCCUCGCAGCUAUAUACCACAGCUAGUAGCUCGCAAAGCUUUAUCUUAAAUCCACGGCAAAAUGACUGGAUGUGGGGACAUCUCCAUACCAGAGAAUUUCCCAACGAAUGGACGGAGAAAAGGAGUGGAAGGAAGAGGCUCGUUGAUCGAGAAAUCUGUUGUACUGUUAUCAACAAAACCACUAGGAAACAGUGCAACUGGUCCACAACAGACUCAAAACGACAGACCUCUACUACCAACAUUCGGCUUCAUUUGAAAGAAAAGCAUGGGAUCCUACCUCCUGGGAUUACUGAUCUAGCUACUGGUACACCAAAGUCGACUAUUGUUAGUCUCUGGGGUAAUAAGGGAAAACUUACAGUGCAGGAGCUCCUUGAAAAGAAUCUCCUUCGCUGGGUAACUAGUAGCAAGCAACCCUUUACAGUCCUCGAAUCACCAGGGUUCCAGCAAAUAUUCAAGGAUAUACCAGGGGCUACACUCCCAUUUACCUCUCGUCAUACACUUCGACAGCGUCUUUUGGAAGAUUUUGACUUACAACGUACUACGUUAAAGGAAGAGCUUGAAGCUACAUGCCAAACAAUCGCUCUAUCCCUUGAUGUAUGGACCAGCAAGAACCAUAUCCCAAUUCUCGGUAUCGUUGGCCAUUGGCUCACAGAAGACUUUGUAUAUCGAGAGAAAGUGCUCGAGUUCACAGAGCUCCAUGGUCCACAUAGUGGAGAGAAUUUGGCUGCUGCUGUUGAAAUUUUGCUUAUUGAGCUAAACCUUGAGCAUAAACUACUUUCAAUUACUGGAGAUAACGCUAGUAAUAAUGAGCGGAUGGCGUUACAACUAUUCCAAAACCUACAGAAGACGUGUGGGGCUGAUCCUUUAUUCUGUGGUUUAGGAAGUUAUAUACGGUGUUUAGCUCAUAUUAUUAACCUUAUCGUGAAGGGUAUUCUACUUACGCUUAAGUCUGGUAAUACAGAGGAGGCUGCCGCUAUCUGUGAUAACCUGGAUAAUGGAGAACAUCAUUCGUUUCCGGCUAUCGAACCACUUGCAAAGCUUCGGAUUUUAGCCCUCUGGAUUCACCGAAGUCCGCAACGCAGGCAAGCAUGGAGGAACAAUUGCAAGCGAAUGAACUUAUCAGAUAAGUUCAUCGAAUAUGAUGUGGAUACGCGAUGGAAUUCAACGUUUCGAAUGUUAGAGGAUGCUUUAAAGUCAAGGCAACAGCUAGAGAAGUUUAUCCAUUAUGAGACUGAUUUUCCUCCUUUCUCAACGAAAGACUGGACACGGCUCUCUCAACUCUACAACGUUCUCUCGAAAUUCAAUGAGUUCACCUUAUUUGUCUCAGAGAAAAGGCCUCAGAUUAGUCUCGCAGUACCAGUAUACUACGAGCUCCACGAUUUACUACAUGAUGUGGCUGAGCGUAAGGAAGAUUUUGCAGAUCUUGAUGAGGAUAUUGCAAGCGCUGUUAGGGAGAGUAUCAAGAAGUAUAUGAAGUACUACACUUUCAUGGAUGUCUCUGACAUAUACUAUACUGCGCUGGUCUUGGAUCCUCGUGUGAAAGGAGAUCUCCUUCUAUACGAGUUGGAUACUGAAGACACCGGGAGGAAUAUUCUCCAAGCUCUCCGCGAUGACCUUCACUGCAAAUAUCCUGGAACUACAGAACCACUUGAUAUGGCAGAGCCGCUAGAACCUAGUUAUAAGAAGCAAAAAGUGGGCAGCCGGAUGUUACGCAGACUACAGCCUCAAGAUAGACCCCGAUUUUCUGACAUUGAUCGGUAUUUCGAUAGUCCUCGGAUUGAUGCAAGUGAUAUGGAAGAUCAGAACUGGCUAUGCGAUUGGUGGAGAGCCCAUAGAAAAGAAUAUCCUCGGAUGGCUGCUGCUGCUAGGGAUUACUUAGCAAUCCCAGCCUCUGAAGUAUCUGUUGAGAGAUUAUUCAACGCAGGAAGAGACGUGCUAGGAGUACGACGGUUCUCCAUGAAGGGAGAGACGAUGAGGAGCCUAAUGCUGUUGGAUGAUGCAUAUAGGCAGUAG